GUUAAGUGACUGACCAACAUUCAGCAUGACACUUGAAAGAACUUCAGGUCGACAAACAUUUGGCUUUGACUUGCGCGAGGUUGCAUUGACGUGGCAAAGGAAUGAGGCAGCUGACAUGUGGGUUCGCGUCACUCGACCGGCUCGAACUGCUUUCAUUCUAUUUUUUUACCUCAUUAACUUUACAAGUAUAUGAAAAUAUAAACUGUUUACAAUUUUGGUUUAGAGGCAAUGUCAAUGCCCAUAAUGACGCUGUCUGUUCCUCAAGAAAAUAGUAGCUGCAUACAAAACUUUGUAGAUUAAUGGGAUGUCAGACAACAACCAGAUUUAUCUUUACCUUUAUAUCCCUUUGUAUCUUUAAACCCCGCAAGCAAAGAAUCUGAUGAUGGAUGUGUGUGUGUGUGUGUGUAGGAAGCAAAGAAUCCGCAACUUUUAUUUAGAGGGAGAGAAAAAGCAAAGCAGACGCAAGGAAUGUUGCUACUGGGUAUGCUUCUGCAUGGCCGUUUCCCAUACCUUGCUAUCUGAAGCAUAACUCUGCUCUCUGCAUGCAACUUUCAGUUUCCUCACCCACACUCUAGUUUGCUGCUCGUGUGGUGUAUCUAGGCUUGUUCCAGUGCAGCAGUUCAUCAAGGAAAGGAAGAGAAUUAGAUCCGGAGAUUUCUGCAGAUUGACCAUGGGUUAGAUAUUCCAAACGUAGUUGCUGGUAUUUGAAGGAUUCAUUUGAUUCACUAUGUCUAGACCGGAGGACAUUGAGAUCCAGGCAAAAAACAUCGAUGCGGCAGCAGCAGAGAUAAUUGGUGUUCUGGAGGAUACAAGCAAAGGAAAUGUGAUCUACUUUGAUGGGUGGCGUGGAUUUGGAGCAUCAGCGGCACUCAAGGUAGUUGCCCAACGCCUGAAGUCAUCAAAAUCAAAGUUUGACAAGGUUAUCCAUGUGGAUUGCUCGGUGUGGAAAAGCAUGAGGGCUCUGCAAAAGGCAGUAGCGGAGGAGCUGAAGCUUCCGCAGUGUGUGAUGGCCAGCUUCGAUCGGUGUGACGAGGAGGACGAUUUCAAUGGGAUAGACGAAUGCUCUAGAGGGGUCAUAGAAGAUAUCAAUAGGGAAAUCUUCGAAAAGCUUUAUUACAGUAGAUUUGUGGUGAUUUUUCACAACGGGAGUAGAACAUACAUUGAUUUUUAUGAGUGUGGCCUCCCAGUAAUACCAUUCUUGAGGAACAAAGUGCUGUGGACCUGGCGCGGUAGUCAAAUCACCUCUGCUAUAGGUCUGGACUUGGACGCCCAUGGACCAAACUAUUGGGUCUGUGAUGGGAUUAUACAGGGCCAAGGCAAUACAUCAGCAUGGGAAAUUGGCAAUUCUCUGCAGAGGAACAUGCCCUUAGAUUGGAUGAGGAAGAACCCUAAAGACACAAUUUAUUUGGCAGAUUUGCUUAAGAGAAACAAUGAUCUUGAUGAUGGUCGCUGGGUUUACAUCACACACAAAGAACCUGGAUGGAGUGAUACUGUGCUGGCUCCUGUGGUGACAUCCUUCUUCUUGUAUGCAGAUGAAUCACCAACAAAUACAAUACCAAUGUUGCCAGUUAGCAUGUUCCAACAUUCACAAAGCAGCAAGCUGCGUGUGUUACAUCUGUCUCAUUGCACCUUCAGUUUUGCAUCUCCUCCUUUCUUCAACUGUGUCCAACUAAGAUUGCUGCAUCUGGACCACUGCAGAAAUAACAUAGGCAAGGAAAAGCAUCCAAGCCCUAAUGAAAGCAUAUCAUGUUUCCAGAAGCUAUGGGUGCUGGAUCUGAGGUAUACAGAAUGGUACUGGCUGCUAUCUGAAAAGAUGAAGACAGUGAUGGUUGAACUCAGGGAGUUUAAUGUGGAGGGAGUCAAGCAUGGGAGCAUUAGUGAUUUGUGUGGCGGUAGACCUAGCCUUGUCAUACUUCGAGUAACAGCAGAUCCAGUACAUACGGAGAACGAAGACACAAAUAAUCAAGCACAGUUCCCCAAUAUGUCCAGUACAAACAGUGUUACAAUACCUAGCUACAUCAACAACGUCCUGCCUCCGUGGCUCGAGUCAUUUAGCUUCAUCAACAAAGCUGCAACUGAUGCCAAGAUAUCUAGCAUCUCCUUCCGGGGUUGUUCUCAGUUGAAGAAUAUACUUCUCAGAGGAAAUUUGGGGAGCCUGGAGGAGCUGGACCUCUCGGGCACGUUAGUGAAAACCCUUGACCUCAGAGAAGUGGAAUCUCUAAACCUCAAGUGUCUCAUGUUGCUGGACUGCGAGAAGCUCCGUGCAAUAUUAUGGCCACCAGAAGAUAAAAGGAGAUGGGUUUUGGAGAAGUUGCAGAUCAACACCGUCCAAUCUGCACCACCUAGCCAGAAUAAUUGGGAAGAGAAGAUCAAGGAGGCUAGUCCUACUGCAGGAUCAUCAUCUAUCCUUACAUUUGGGGCUUCACCAUUAGGCACCAGGCGAAUUGCAUCUUUUGACUUCAAUUGGUACAUAUCUGUCAUGGAUCCAAGGCUCAUGCGGUCGCUUCUGCCCUUUCAGCGAUAUAUUGAGCAAGCCUUUGUGUACAUGGAGAUUGAUUCAUCUCCUGCCAGUGGAGCUGCUGUUGGUGGCUGUCAGGUUGCUCAAGGCAUCAGGAGCCAGCAGCAGAUUGCUCAAGCUCAAUACGUAUAUGCAAGUGAUGUCUAUCAAGAGGACCCGCAAGCUGUCAGUGCUAUCGAAGGUGUGAUCAGCUGGAUGUGGGCUUGCCCACCUACUCCUACUCCACUUCCUCGAGACUGGUACUUCCACAUGCAAGACGAAGAGAAGAUGGAAAGAGGAUCUUUACAACAACAACACAACGCCCGAAGGAUUAAUACCGGUGUUUGUUUAGCCCCUGUUUGGAUGUGUGAUAAUGCACGGAUGCUGUAUGUGCAUGAUAGCUAUUCCACCACUUGCAUUCCAUGCCCACAAAGUUCAGACUGGAGGUAUCUUGACUGGUGCCGAGUUGAGAGGUGCCCCAAGUUAUGCUCUGUCUUUGCUACUCCCCAACUAAGUGAUGGUCGGACCGCCUUUUUGUGCUUGUCUACGUUCUGGGCAUCCCAGCUCCCUAUGGCGUCCUACAUCUGGAACUGGAGUACAAUAUACCAACCAACAGGAAGUUCCUUUGAAGACCUAGUAUUCCUGCACCUAGACUAUUGCCCCAGGCUCAAGCAUGUGCUUCCCUUGUCUAAGCAUAUGGACACCCUGCCUAGCCUGGAGACGCUGGAGAUCGUGUGCUGCGGUGAUCUGAAGGAAAUCUUCCCUUUGGACCCUAAUCGCCAAGAGAAGCAGGAAACUAUAGAAUUUCCCAAGCUAAGAAGGAUCCACCUGUACCAGCUCUCCAACCUACAGAGCAUCUGUGGGAGCAGGAUGUCCGCGCCGAACCUUGAGACCGUCAGAAUCCGGGGCUGUUGGGGCCUUCGAUGCCUGCCGGCAGUCAGCGGCAGCACCACCAACCGGCCCAAGGUGGACUGCGAGAAGGACUGGUGGGACAACCUGGAGUGGGAAGGGCUGGGGGCGAAGCACGACCCUUCGCUCUAUGAGCCGAGCCACUCGCGAUACUACAAGAAGGCCCACCUGCCAAGGGUCACCGUUCUCAGGUAAUCAAAUCCAUCCAUGGUCGAUGAUCGCUACAGGCACGUCGGCCCUAUGGUGCUACGGUGCUUAAUUAGCUGAAGCUUUCUCUGGAGUGCGUGUUCAUGUGUGUUGUUGCCUUACUUGAUGCUGCUUGUUUGGUCCGUGUGGUUGUGUGAAAUCUGCAUAUGCAUUGCCAUUGGUUUGGCGGUGCGUCUUCCAGUUCAGUCUGAUUUGAUUUGGUUUAUCUUGAUCUUGUGUGGUUUGUUCAUAUUUUCUUGAUGAAAGCCAUAUAGGCUUCAAAGUAAGUAUGCAUCAUCUGGUUGGAUAGAUGAUGCAGGUAAAAGCUUUGAGAGAAAUAUAAAUAAGAGAGGGCAUUCAGCCUAUGCUGCAUGAGCACCCUGCCUGCUCAUGCUGCUGCUAUCCUGUUGCUCUCCAUUUGGUGUGUGUUGUGGAGUGUGAUUUGUCAGCUACAGACUGAUUAUUGUAAUGCUAAGCAAUUACUUCAACUUCUAUACAAAUGGUGAUUUGUGUGUGUCAUAC